ACUUCUCUUAUUUCAAGUACAAGAAUAGAAACUUGUUCACUCACCUAGCAGAGACCUUGACAGGAGGAACACCUCACACUUCUUCCAAGCUGGCACUGGAUAUCAAGUGUUUGGAAAGAAAUGGAAGAAAACAAACCGUCUGUACAAUGGUUCAUUGACACACAAUCGGAAUGGUUUCUACAGCAUGGCAUCCCUGAAUGGUUUCAUGGGAUUAUCACAAGAAAAGAUGCAGAAGAUUUACUAAAGGACACGGCUAUAGGAUGUUUUCUCAUCAGAGUUAGUGAAAGCAGGAUUGGGUACAGCUUAUCCUACAGGACUCUGGACCGCUUCAGACAUUUUAUGAUUGAUGUUUUGAAAGACCAACAGUGCAUUCUUGCUGGAGAUACAAUAAUCCACAAUACAUUAGAGGACCUAGUAAAUUUUCAUAAACAGCAUCCUCUGUGUCCUUAUCAUGAAUUUUUAACACAACCAUGUGGACAGAAAACAUCAUCCGGUGCUGACUAUGAAGAAUUAUUUGAAAACAGAUCAACAACGCAAACAUCAUUUCAUAGUCCAGAACAUUCUCCUAUAGGCAUCAGCAUGCUCCCAACACUGCCUGUGGAAACACACAACCCACCUGUCCCACCAAGGAGACUGCAGACUUCUUAUUCUUUCAAUUCCCAAAUAAUGACACCAGCAUGCAAUCCAACUUCAGUAAACAGGCUCUAUCCAUUACUACCUACAGAACUGCAAAAGACAGGCAACACUGUCCCUCUGAUUCCAAGUGAGCACAGACCUAUAACGAAGUCACAAAGUGUAGAUUUACCACACCCAAACACAGCUCACAGCUCAAAUUGGCCCAGUAAAAAUGAAAGACUGGGUAAUUCAUCAAAGAAACCCUUGAAAGCUUGUAAAAGUGCAAUGAACAAAGCAGUAUCUUUCAUGAAAGAAGGAGACAUAGCACAGGAUUUGAAGAAAAUGGAAAACACAAUGGCAGCACACAUGAAAAAUGUCAAAGACAGUUUUGGACGCUUUGGACAAACAGGACAGAAAAACUCCUCUCCCACACUGCAGAAGAGAUCCCGCCAACCAAGUGUCCCAGAAGAAUAUACAGCACCACCACCUUUUGCACCAGGAUUCUCCUAAACAGGAAAGAGGGAUAAGGCUAAAAAGCCUACUCUAUACAUGAAUACUGUAUACAUGGGGGGUAUUAUGAAUAUUCUU